AUGGCUGACUGUGCCAGGAGAGAGCACGCACCCGACUUGUCGAUGCAGGCAAAGACAGAGAGAGGGCUUCUUGGCACGCGCCGUCUCAAGUUGGAUCGGUGGUUCUCGACCGUGCCAGACACUGACCCUGGACGCGAGACUGUCGGCCACAAGACAGUUGACGCGCCUCGCAAGCGGUUUCUGCUCCCCACCGCAUGCACGAAUCCCUGUCAAGCCGCCACACCACCACGAGCCCUUUGGCCAAGGCGGCGCUGGGUCGGCACUCGCGCCGCCGCCAAUUUGUCAACUCGUGCCCAGGGCUUCCCGAGCUGGCGAGCCUCAAACCUGUGGCUGGCUCUGCGGUGCGGCCGGGAUUUAUCGCCGGUCCCACCACUCAAUGCCGUCAAGGCUCUUUGA